ACUUCACGCGCAAAUCAACCCCUCAACUCACAUGCAGUGGCAAAUCAACCCCUCUGUUAAGGUUGACAUCAUCAUUCCGCUAACUUUUAACCGUCCGUUCAUCUGCCCCUUCUCCGUGUUUGAUGUGGCUUUUUUUGCUGAGAUGGAUGCUGAGAUGUCUCUUGGCCCCACCACCACGUCCUCCGCUUCUAUAGCACUCUUCAGGUCCAGAUCCGACAAAUUGAAUUUGGAUCCUAGGGUUGAUCCUCAUCGGGAUUCUUACGAGGAGCCAUUGUCGCCUCCGUCCUCCUCUUGGUUCUCAACGAUCUUCUCCAGACGCUGGAAAAAGCAACAAUCGAGAAUGUUCUACAUGGACAUGGAGGAACUAGUUGUCGGCGAACGGAGAUCUUGUAGGGUGGUCAAUCGGGGAAUGUCGCCUGUUAGGAGUGAGAAUACCGAGGACGAGGGCGGUGAUCGAGCGACGUAUGGGAGCUCGCAAGAGGCGUCGCCUCGGUGGCGAUGGCGGAGGACACUAGUGGCUUGCCGACGAGGGAAGGCGGCUUGUGAGCAGGGCAGAAACGUGUCCAGAUUGGCGUUCUGUAUGAGUCCUCUGGUGGUACCUCCGUCUCAGCAUCCAUCUCAGCAAAAAAAGCCACAUCAAACACGGAGGAGGGGCGGAUGAACGGACGGUUAAAAGUUAGCGAAAUGAUGAUGUCAGCCUUAACAGGGGGAUUGAUUUGCCACUGCAUGUGAGUUGAGGGGUUGAUUUGCGCGUGAAGUGGGUUGAGGGGGUGAUUUACCACCAGUUGUUGAGUUGAGGGGGUGAUUUGCACCUU